CGGCUCGCCUCGCGGCGGGCGCCCUCGUCGCCAGCGGCGCACCAUGGACGGGCUGCCCGGUCGGGCGCUGGGGGCUGCCUGCCUUUUGCUGCUGGCGGCCGGCUGGCUGGGGCCCGAGGCCUGGGGCUCGCCCACGCCCCCGCCGUCGCCCGCCGCGCCGCCGCCGCCCCCACCGCCCGGAGCUCCCGGCGGCUCGCAGGACACCUGCACGUCGUGCGGCGGCUUCCGGCGGCCCGAGGAGCUGGGCCGGGUGGACGGCGACUUCCUGGAGGCGGUGAAGCGGCACAUCUUGAAUCGCCUGCAGAUGCGGGGCCGGCCCAACAUCACACACGCCGUGCCCAAGGCCGCCAUGGUCACGGCCCUGAGGAAGCUGCACGCGGGCAAGGUGCGCGAGGACGGCCGGGUGGAGAUCCCGCACCUCGACGGCCACGCCAGCCCGGGCGCCGACGGCCAGGAGCGCGUCUCCGAGAUCAUCAGCUUCGCGGAGACAGAUGGCCUGGCUUCCUCCCGGGUCCGCCUGUACUUCUUCAUCUCCAACGAGGGCAACCAGAACCUGUUCGUGGUGCAGGCCAGCCUGUGGCUCUACCUGAAGCUGCUGCCCUACGUGCUGGAGAAGGGCGGCCGGCGGAAGGUGCGGGUCAAGGUGUACUUCCAGGAGCAGGGCCCCGGCGAGCGCUGGGCCGCGGUGGAGAAGCGCGUGGACCUCAAGCGCAGCGGCUGGCACACCUUCCCGCUCACCGAGCCCAUCCAGGCCCUGUUCGCGCGGGGCGAGCGGCGGCUCAGCCUGGACGUGCAGUGCGACGGCUGCCGGGAGCUGGCCGUGGCGCCCGUUUUCGUGCACCCGGGCGAGGAGUCGCACCGGCCCUUCGUGGUGGUGCAGGCGCGGUUGGGCGACAGCCGGCACCGCAUCCGCAAGCGGGGCCUGGAGUGCGACGGCCGGACCAACCUGUGCUGCCGGCAGCAGUUCUUCAUCGACUUCCGCCUCAUCGGCUGGAACGACUGGAUCAUUGCGCCCACCGGCUACUACGGGAACUACUGCGAGGGCAGCUGCCCGGCCUACCUGGCGGGGGUGCCCGGCUCGGCCUCGUCCUUCCACACGGCCGUGGUGAACCAGUACCGCAUGCGGGGCCUGAACCCGGGCACCGUGAACUCCUGCUGCAUCCCCACCAAGCUGAGCACCAUGUCCAUGCUCUACUUCGACGACGAGUACAACAUCGUCAAGCGGGACGUGCCGAACAUGAUCGUGGAGGAGUGCGGCUGCGCCUGAGGGCGGGGCUCAGACGGUCCCGCGGCGGGGGGCACGCCGUGCGCGGCAGGGGGGGCG